UUAUAGUGGGGGCGUGCGUGGAAUUGGGGGGCCUGGCGGGAGGUCGAAGGAGAAGGUGAUGUGGUGGGUCGGAGUGGCCGUGGACGUGCUGGCCAGUGGCCGGACGCGCUCCCGCCUUGAGCGGAGGAAUUCCGGGCUGUGAAGCGGCCAGAUUUGGGGCCCAUGUGCUUCUUUGUUUACUAAGAGCGGAAGCAGUGGCGGGGAGAGGGAGUGGGAUGGAGAACGGGCCUAGUGGCGGAGAGCCCCGUGAGAGCACUCAUUUAGGAGACCGAGAGGAAAGGGGGAAUCCCAUGGGUGGAGGAAAAGCCGAGAACCUCGAGAUCCGAGUGUGUUACGGGGCGUGGAAGGCCAUUGGGAAAAGGUUCUGAGGUUUCGAAUUGUGGCAGAGACUGGGAUUCCCCCGUGACGAGGUUGUUGGGUAACACCGUACCUGCCAGGAGCCCCUCAUUCUUCACCAGAAAAGGCUAAGAAGUUCCUACAAGAGUUCUACCAGGAUGAGGAAACUGGCAAGAAGCAGUUCAAGUAUGGGGACCAGUUGGUCCGGCUGGCUCAUCGGGAACAAGUGGCCCUGUAUGUGGACCUGGAUGACGUAGCUGAGGAGGACCCUGAGUUGGUGGACUCAGUUUGUGAGAAUGCCAAACGCUAUGCGAGGCUCUUUGCUGAUGCUGUACAAGAGUUGCUGCCUCAGUACAAGGAGAGAGAGGUGGUAAGUAAAGACGUUCUAGAUGUUUACAUCGAGCACCGGCUGAUGAUGGAGCAGCGGAGCCGGGACCCUGGGGCAGCCCGAAGCCCUCAGAACCAGUACCCUCCUGAGCUUAUGCGCAGAUUUGAGCUGUACUUUCAAGGUCCGAGCAGCAACAAGCCUCGUGUGAUCCGGGAAGUGCGGGCUGACUCGGUGGGGAAAUUGGUGACUGUGCGCGGAAUUGUCACUCGGGUCUCUGAAGUCAAACCCAGGAUGGUGGUGGCCACUUACACUUGUGACCAGUGUGGGGCAGAGACCUACCAGCCGAUCCAGUCACCCACUUUCAUGCCCCUGAUCAUGUGCCCAAGCCAGGAGUGCCAAACCAACCGCUCGGGAGGGCGACUAUACCUGCAGACGCGUGGCUCCAAAUUCAUCAAAUUCCAAGAGAUGAAGAUGCAGGAACAUAGUGACCAAGUACCCGUGGGACAUAUCCCUCGAAGCAUCACAGUGUUGGUAGAAGGAGAGAACACAAGGAUUGCCCAGCCUGGAGAUCAUGUCAGUGUCACGGGUAUCUUCUUGCCAAUUCUGCGCACUGGGUUCCGACAGGUGGUACAGGGUUUACUGUCAGAGACUUACAUGGAAGCCCACCGGAUUGUGAAGAUGAGUAAGAGUGAGGAUGAUGAGGCUGGGGCUGGAGAGCUGAGCAGGGAGGAGCUGAGGCAGAUUGCAGAGGAGGAUUUUUAUGAAAAAUUGGCAGCCUCCAUUGCCCCGGAGAUAUAUGGGCAUGAAGAUGUGAAGAAGGCGCUGUUGCUCCUGCUAGUGGGAGGUGUGGACCAGUCUCCUAGAGGCAUGAAGAUCAGAGGCAACAUCAACAUCUGCCUGAUGGGGGAUCCUGGUGUGGCCAAGUCUCAGCUCCUGUCUUACAUUGAUCGACUGGCCCCCCGCAGCCAGUACACAACAGGUCGGGGCUCCUCUGGAGUGGGGCUCACGGCAGCUGUGCUGAGAGACUCAGUGAGUGGAGAACUGACCCUAGAGGGCGGGGCCCUCGUGCUGGCUGACCAGGGUGUGUGCUGCAUCGACGAGUUUGAUAAGAUGGCUGAGGCCGACCGCACAGCCAUCCAUGAAGUCAUGGAGCAGCAGACCAUCUCCAUUGCCAAGGCGGGCAUUCUCACCACUCUCAAUGCCCGCUGCUCCAUUCUGGCGGCCGCCAAUCCUGCCUAUGGGCGCUACAACCCUCGCCGCAGCCUGGAGCAGAACAUACAGCUUCCUGCUGCACUGCUCUCCCGAUUUGACCUCCUCUGGCUGAUCCAGGACCGGCCCGACAGAGACAACGACUUGCGGUUGGCCCAGCACAUCACCUACGUGCACCAGCACAGCCGGCAGCCCCCUGCACAGUUUGAACCUCUGGACAUGAAGCUUAUGAGGCGUUACAUCGCCAUGUGCCGUGAGAAGCAGCCCACCGUGCCGGAGUCUCUGGCUGACUACAUCACAGCAGCGUACGUGGAGAUGAGACGAGAGGCUUGGGCCAGUAAGGACGCCACCUACACCUCUGCCCGGACCCUGCUGGCUAUUCUGCGGCUUUCCACUGCUCUGGCACGACUGCGGAUGGUGGACACUGUAGAGAAGGAAGAUGUGAAUGAAGCCAUAAGGCUAAUGGAGAUGUCAAAGGACUCACUUCUAGGUGACAAGGGGCAAACAGCUAGGACCCAGAGACCAGCAGAUGUGAUCUUUGCCACUAUCCGUGAAUUGGUCUCAGGGGGCAGAAGCGUCCGGUUUUCAGAGGCGGAGCAGCGGUGCAUAUCCCGCGGUUUCACACCUGCCCAGUUUCAGGCGGCUCUAGAUGAGUAUGAAGAAUUAAAUGUCUGGCAGGUCAAUACUGCCCGGACACGGAUCACUUUUGUCUGACUCCAACCCCCUUGAGACACUGUGGUCUACACCACGCCCCACCCGAUCCUGCCCCUGCUUUUAAAGGUCUAAUGACAGGCUUGAGUGGAAAGGACAAGUGUCCUUUCUUUUCCUGGUGUUGCACUUGUUUUAUUUCUUUUGCUAAUAAAGGGUUUGCAGAUUGCUGCCUUCUGUUAAAACAGGACAUUGUGGGUUUUCUAGGUUAUACCUUAUUCCCUUUUAUGCUUAUUCUAUUCGUUCAAUAAAGUACCUAUUCUAUGUGCCAGGCACUGAUAAGGACACGGGAUGCAGGCCCUGUGCUACAGAAGCUAUGUUGGCUGGAUCUCUACUGAGAUAGAUCCCUUCCUGCUUCCCCUCCUGUCCUGUUUACUCACACAUCUUCAUUGAGCUGCUUCUGUAUGCCAGUCACUGUAUCAGACUCUGUGGCUGCAGUCUCAGAGCCACCAUUUCUCCUUUUCUAUUGAAAUGCUUCUAACUCCCCAGUUCCCACUCUCACAAAGUCCUGUGUAUAGGGGAGUGGAGGGUGGCCUGUGAAAAUGGCACUAGUAAUCACCUACCAGAAAUCCCAAUCUUUUAAAAAGACUACUUCCUUGCUCCUCUUAUCUUCCAAAUAGUAGCACCUCUGCCUCAUAAGGUUGAGUUAAAACCAGGAGGGUUCAUGUCAGCACAGCAAGCAUUCAGUAUAUGUAACAACAUUUAUCUCCCUCUUCGUACUUCAUGGAUCCGUAAGAUAAAGGCUUUGAGUUGUCCCUAAUAAAGUGAGAAGGUACUUAA